AGCAUUUUCUUUUUCAUGAGCGUGAUUUCUAAGUUUGUAAUAUCUCCGUCUCUCCCUAUUCAUGAAAAUUGUGAUCCACUCUUCGUUUUAGUACUGACGAUAUCGACGAUAUAAUCAUUUGUUCUUUGACUUUCUUGGUCCUACUUAGAUUAGGACAUCUUCGUAAAAUGAUAACGAACCACUAAUUUCCUGAUUAAAGCUCCUCUACGAGCACUUGAGUGAGGUAUUUUAGCUUCGAUUGGCCUCUGCAUCCUCUUACUUUGUGAAACAUGCAUCUCGAUUGAAAUAGAAAUUUUUCUUUUCUUUCUGCCUAAAAAGGGCAAGUGGGAGUCUUGUUGCGUGACGAGACAAGCAGUUUUACUUUCCCUCGACAUUGAUGAAUUUGAAUAUUGAGCGCUAUCUGAUUUUGAAGACAUCGCUGUAGAACAAGAUUUUUAUUUAAUAUCUUCAUUCGCUUUUUGUCUGACUUACCGCCAUCCCUCCACAAGUGUAAACACGAUGGUGAUUCCUGGUGGAGACGCGCCUGCAAUUGCCACUGGUGGAGCUUCUCCGACUGCAGCCACUGCUCCGGCAAACGGCUCGCCCUCUCCUUCAUCUCCCUUUGUGACAGCUGGACCCGUGGUUCCCGUGAGCACGGGUCGACGGAGCGGCUCGGGCGAUGCGAAGAAUUUCACCACCGCCACGCGAUCCUCUGCUGCUAGUGCCGCCACCGCGGAUGACCGCAUUUCACUGGACUUGCGUAAUCGGUAUGACCGUGUCUUGCGCGCUUUGGAGGCGAACGUGGACGUGCUCAUCACCGGCGCGUCUACAUUUAACGCCUACACGAAAGAGCAGUUCCUAGCGAAAAUCUUCGGUCACUACGAGGAAAUCUACCAGAUUAUCAUGAAGAUCGUUUCGGUACAACUUCUACUAGCAACUUUCAUUUUUAUUGAUUUUGAAUGGCGACUGCGACACCGACCAUGUUUGUAGCUAGAAGUGGCUUCAAGCUGCUAGAAUCUGAACGCAAAAAGCGAACCAGAGUCCUCAAACAACAGGACCAUGGAGAAGACAGAGCCUUUGUUCUCCUCCGUAUUGAAUCGUAGACUAUCUCAAAUAAUCUUCAUCUUGAUAAUAUUCCUGUUACUAACUUUCGUGAUUUUCUAUCCUGCAUUCGUGAACACUUACAACACUUUCUUCAGACCCAGAGCCGGGACCCGCGUGGAUUGCUCGAUACUUUUUCAGCCGAUAAUUGUGACAGAAUAGUGCGCAUAGUCGCGAUACUGCAGAAUAAUCGUGGAAUCUGCCGCAUCGCAGGUUUCGGCAAGGAUCGCGUUGCCGCAGCCGGUUUGCAGCAUAGGCAGUGCUGUUCUGCGGCUGAGAUUGUCCGCCGGAUCCUCGUAGGCAAGCAGAGCAGUAGUGCUAAGGGAACGACCACUGCGGGUCCGCAACAGCCCACCAGCGAUGAUGCUGGCAGUGAUACAACUACGAGUAAAAGCACUAGUAAGGUUGCAGCAGUGGACCGCGUUCUAAUUGACGGCUACUUGGAACAUGGGAUUACCACGCUCAAGGCCAGAGUGCGUGCACACGGAGGCGCACCCCGAAGAAGCAGUCGAAACUCAGUGUCAUCCUUGUUCGAAGCUGGCGAGCAGAACGGAGCAGCAGGAAAUGGCGAAGAUGGAUCUGCACAAGCAAGAGUGCGGACUUCCCUAGACCUCGAUCCCACGGACCUGGAACACGUGACCGCUAGUCUUGAAAAAAGUGUGGAGCUCAUAUCACUUAUGCCGGAUCACCACGUCGUUGAGGCCGCGAAUGGAGGAAAAGUUACUCGAGAUUCUGAAUCGAAAGCCAGUUCCAGAACCGUCAAAUCUGUCGCAGCUAUCGUCGUGUCAAACGCAGAGAUCUCCACACCAAUCGCAAUUACAACAACGAGAACUGCUUCGGACUCUACGCUGCAGACAGGAGAAUCUGGGAUGUCGAGUACGUCACGAAUUAUCGGGCACGGCAGUGGGGAGAUCAAGAAGACAAAACAAGCGACUAGUACAGCCAUGGCAUCAAGCGAGGCUCCUUCUACAUAUUCAACAGGCGACAUCAAGACAACCGAGCAGAGGGGUAGUAAGGUGAGCGGGAAAGAUGGAGGACUGAGCAAGAGUCAAGAAAGGGUUGCUGCCGAGCAGGAACGGCAAGGUCCGCGAAGCGUUCAUGUGGACGAGGAUGUAUGUCCUUAUCGCGUCUUGAAAUUGGUAAAUCAGGUAGAAGCCUUGGAGGGCAGCAGUCAGCAACAGUCUGGUGGAAUGGCUGCUUCAAGUCAUUACAACGGAGAGAUUAGUGCAGAGUACUUCAAGGCGCAAGAGAAGAAGAAGGAUGCUGACGGAGCAAGUCGCGGAGGUGGCGCUUCGCGAACCGUGGACUUGGAAGAGGAUGAUACAGAUAGCAUUGAGGUAGCUGCGAAACUAAUAGCGCAGAUCCGUGCGAAAGAACGCGGUAGCCGCGCACCGCAUCCCGAAGAUGUCGCCAUCGCCGAAAGCAUACGGAAACAGAUUGUUGAUCGGGAGUCGGAACGUCGCGGCCCCAAUGAGGAGGACGCGGCUCUGGCAAAGGCCUUGGCACAGGAGAUCAGAAACCAGGCUCACGCUCGUCGUGGUCCAGAUUUCAGUGACUUGAGGGUGGUAGCUGAUAUUUUGGUCCAACUGAAAGAGCGCGAGCAAGCUCAUCGAGGUCCGAGUGACGCCGAUAUCGAUCUCGCUCUCAAACUUCGCGAGCACCGAGAGCUCCAGGAACUAGAGCCGCUGCACCGCGGCCCGAGCCAAGGAGACAUUCUCUUGGCCGAGCGCCACGCACUAGAGGUGGAGCAGCAGCAACAGAAAAGCCCUGAUGGCCCUCGGCCGCAUGGAAGCGACGUAGUCAGGGGCUCCUUGGAACCGUCAGCUCCAUCAAGUCCACAGCGACAAAAUGCUCCAUCUUCAUCUAAUCAGAAGUCGUCAUCUUCACCACUAAAAGUUGAACAGCUGCCUGAUGGACAUUUUCUCGAAGGUCUGCCUGCCGAGAACAAAGCUGCGCAAAACGAACGUCCCAUCGACGCUCUGCUGGAUCACGACACGCGCGCGCCGUUUGUAGACACCGGAGAAGGUGUGACAGGCAAAACGGCACACGAAAUCUUGGAGACGCCGCUCCAACGAUCCGACCGGAAGAGCUUUGAUCGCGGUAUCUGCAACAAGCAGGUCGCAACAGCGAAAGCGUGCGCAGACCACAUCACUGCCGUCGAGGCUAAGGAACGCGGUUCGGAGAGGGGAGCUGUCGAGGUUGCGAACGACUUGGUGAAACAAAUUUCUGAGAUCGGAGUGUACAACAUCCCGCAUGGCGAGCCGGAAAUCGAUGUGGCUGCUAUGAGUGACGAUAGUGCGGUCGUCGCAGAUGAGAACGCGCCCACAGAAGAGUUGCUGACACGACCUCGCACGAGCGAGACCAAGAGCACACCCCCACUGACGCAGCGUCCGGAAGGGCAAUCUGCAGAAAGUGACGUCGUGGCGGAAGAAGAGUGCCAUGAUCUUCUUCGACCCUCAUUAACCGCAAGAAGUGUCAAGAAACCCGCCGAAGCGGAAGGUGCGAGCAAAGAGACAUCAUCUUCCCAACAAGGAGAGGAUGGUGCUACGACCGAUGUGUUUGCGGAAGACCCGAAUCGGGGAAAAGGCGGAUCUUCUCAGGAUGGUCCAUUUGCGAAUGUGAUCGCUAACCCUGUGCGUAAGAGCAAAGUUUUGCUUCGGCGAUCUUCCUGCGUCAUGGACACGGAUCACACGCAGAGAAAAGCCCACCGAAACCACAUCGAAGGCUCACCGGAGGAUGGUCCUCAGGAGGACCCGUAUGCGCCGGUUGAAGAUCCCUUGGUGCUCGCUUCUCGGAAAGAUGACGCUGUCGUGGCUACAAAUGUUAAUGCGGUUUUGAAGAACAAGAACGAGACGAACUUGGCGGCGUCCUCUACAGCAAAGGUCGUUAAGGACCCGUCUGCGGCCUCUAAUCCGGCUGCAGCAUCAGCACCAGAACAGGUUGUAUCGGAGGAGACCGCAUCUGCACCACAACAAGCAGAGUGCGUGCCAUGGGUAGUUCUUGAUGAAAAACAGGAUAAUUAUCAAGAAGAUGAUGCUCGUGGUCCUCCAGGAAGCGGUCGUAGUCGCGCCUCUCACGGACCGACGAGCGAGGACAUCGAUUUCGCGAAAUCCUUGGCGGACCAUCGGGAAUCAGAGGUAGCUGAGAAAGAACGCGAACGAGGCCCUUCGACUCAGGAUAUUGAACUCGCCAGAAAGUGUGCCGACGAUGUGAGAAACAGCCACCUGGACCAAGUGGAAAUGAAAUCUCCGGAGAGAGCGCUUCAUCAACACGACGACGCAGAGAUGCACGCACUCUUGCCAAAAGACCCGAAAAGGGCAAUUGAUACCAAUGCAGAGAUAGCAAACCGUCCAGAUCCCCAUGGUAUAGAACUCGAAGCGUUGAACACCAAUGUUGAGGUUCAAGUUGGUAACCAAUCUGCAUCCUCGAUCAAGGAUCUUCAGGAAAGACGCGAUGAGCCUUUGCCAAUCGAAAAGUUCUGUUACUUCAACGAUAUGGGAACGCUUUCGCUGGAUGGGUCAGCGGAACAGCUUGAUUUGACUCGCGAAGCAUACACACUUGAGGAGCGCCGCCAACAAGCUGAGUUAGCUGGAGAUGAAAAAGAGGCUGCGCGCUUGAAACGCUUGGAAUGUCUCGUCAAGUCGCACGUUCAGGCAAGGGGUGAGCAGGGGGAACAAGCUCUCUACUUUUCACCGAUGCCAGUACCAGUAAGCUCGCCUUAUGAAGAAGCGGAUUUUCGUGCUGAGGACGACAUCAAUCAUGAUCAAGAAAUUCAAAAUAACGCGGAAAACGGAACAAGGGGUAACAGGAACAGCUACACCAGCCCUACGAACCUUCUGGCUAGCAGCACAAUGAGCAGUCGAGUCGAGGACUUCCUGCCUCCAAGCACACAGGAUUUGAAAGAUCUUUACAUCAAUCAGGAGGAGGAGGACCACCAGCGUCAACUUCAACAGUUGCUCUACAGCGGCGCCCCAGUAGAAGCAGAGGCAACUAAAGCACCAGUUCCUCUGGUGGACGAGAAGAAGCCAGAAGAGGUAUUUUCUCCACCGCCAAGGGACGUAUCAGCUUCUCGAUUGAGGCCUGGCACUCUGCGAGAAGCUUCACCGGUUGGAUCAUACAACCAGAUGGGAGAUGUUUUCGUACGGACAGCAGAGGGUGAGGCAGCUUCUUCGUCUGAAUCAGCCGGUGACUCCUCUCAAACUGAGACGUCUCAACAAGAUUCUGAGUGCGGCAAAGCCACGCAGGGGGAUGCUGAAGAAGCACAAGGACCGACGUCUAGAGCGCCAUCUAGUAAAGUAGAACAAGAACGCAACACCGCGGCAAGCGGUUCUGCUGGUGCUGCUCGUGAAGGUAACAGCAAUAAGGCUAGCCUAGUCACCCGUGAUGUAACUACAGGCGCUGGUGGCUCCCGGAUCAACAUGUCUACUUCUACUGCUUCUAGAGUAGAAGACAGCACCACUGCGCCGAUGAGUGGCGCUCCACCUCCUGGCGCAUUAGCCAGUCCCGCGACUACAACGGCGCAGCCAAUAUCCGCAGGAAAACACGAGGUGGAGAGCAAUUUCGCGAAACCGAAUGUGGUGAGUGGAAACAACGCACAUGACCAUGAUGUAGAGAUGAAUGCUCUCUUUUCGCCGAGAGGAGACACUCCCAUGACUCGUUGGCGCCGUUCGCAGGUGGAUGCGGCGACCCAGAAAAUGUUGGAGGACCACGAAGCAACGCGGGGGGAUUUUAAGGGUAUUGGUAAGGAGAAACUACCUAAAAGCGCCAAUCCGAAAGCUGUUGCCCAUAUUGUAGAUUACGAAAAAAAGGUGCAGAGAAAGGUCGACGCAGGGACUUUGCGCCACUAUGAUGAGGAAAAGCGCUAUCAGACGGAUGGGCUCGAGUUCUACAAUCGUUCUCCUGGUGGGAAUGGUGAUGACGCAAGGAAGAACAACAUGGGUAAGGAGGCGCCACUUGCACCAUCACUGAAAAAGAAGGUGGCCGCAAAAGGGAAGCAAGCUGCAAAAAUCGACAGCGCAAUCGACAAAUGGCACGAGCAGUUCAACAAAGACGGAAGAAAGAGGUACUUCUGCUUAUCAUGUUAAUCCAAAAAUCCACUUUCCGAAGUUCAUCUCAAUAGAAUUGAUUCUUAUAAUCACAUACAACUUGUUGUCCUGCAUGGUCUACUACUGUUAAGUUCUGAUUUUAUGAUUGGCAGUCGCGAAUCCGAAUAUAUCCAAAACGAAAUCGAAAUUUUGUGAUGGAUUCACUUAUUUCACCGUACUAGUACAACUACAACGUACGACUUCACAUCAUGAUUAUCAGUUCUACCUCGCGCGCACCGACGCCGGGAGAAAGUUUGGACGCCAUGCAGAGGCAGGUGCUGGCGGCGAACAUUCGAAACGGAGCUGCUGCGGAGAAGGAAGCGGAACUCCAUCAGAGCGAGGAGGUGAUGCUUCAAAAGGGAGACGCGUUGCUAGCGAAGAGCAAGCUUCUGCAGAACCUACACUCGCGAGGUGUCGCGAAGGUGAACAUGCGAGACAUGGAACUGCACAGACUGCAAGAAGACGAUAAACCUAGAGGUCGCGGAGGUUCGCCGAAGAGAAAACAAGCAGGAAAAAAGGGCGCGCCGGCUUCUGCAUCGGAUCGCUCGAGGGGUGGAUCAAAUACAUCGCCGUCAGAUACCUCGCGGGGACGGAGCGACAGAACGGAGGUGUCAAGCAGAAGAGGAGUCUCGCCACCUAAGGCGGGAGCAGGGGCAAAGGGACAGUCGCCUUCGCCGAGAGGAGCGUCACCUUCUGGACGAAAGCCUUCGCCGAGAGGAGCGUCACCUCCUGGAGGAAAGCCUUCGCCGAGAGGAGCGUCACCUCCUGGAGGAAAGCCUUCGCCGAGCAGCAACAAACCGACCUCUGGCGCGACGAAGGCACCAUCGAGCCGCAAUCAGAACAAAGCUAGUCCUGGUAAAAAACCCAGUCCUGCCUCGCAGCCCCGCUCAGCAAGUGCCCCUCGUGGUAAGGCACCACCGCGCCGACCAGAGGGUGGAGCCGUGCCUCCUCCUGCGACUUUGACUCGGACUUCGCGUCGCUCGUCGCAACAGAAAGCACUGCCGCCGUUCGUGCCUGGGGACUGGGUAAGAAGUGGAGGCUCGACGUCUCCCGUCGUACUCUCCGGAAACGACGGCUACAUCUUUGAAGCCUCAAGCCGUGUUGACACAGGAGUCAACAAUAACAACAGCAACAAUGUGGUCACUGGAAUAGAUGCAGCUUACAGUCCGCCUAGUCGCAUUGACAGCGAAAACUUGGGAACGUCGCCAUUUAUUCCUGUGACUAAUGGACGUCCAGCGAGUGGUUUGGCGAACUCAAGCAUGAAAGCGCGCGCUGUGUCCGUUUCAGGUGCUGCGGGACGUCGCAGUAGACGCGAAGCCUCGCCUUUACCUCCAGGGGCACUGGUUCCAGAACGACCAUCCACCUUAAUGAUUGGUCCUGGUGCUGGCGCAAACACAUAUGCAACACAACAAGGUCGGAGUUCCUUUCAAGCGCAACGGCGCUCAUCCAGUCCUGUCCCUUUUUUCAAUACCGCCAGGGCGUCCUCGGUGAACAUCAUCUCGCGUCCCUCGCGCCAUCGCGAAGAGAGACGAUCCGUCACUGAGGCCAUGACAAAGGCGCAUCUCGCUCGCCACUCAGCUCGUGCAAACGAGAAGCUGUUGCUGGACUCGCAUCCGACACCAGAGAACUUAAGACGGGUGCGGGCAGCCGAAGCCGUGCGCCGUGUUUCGCUGCUGCAAGAGGCGGUGAACUACAGCUACCAGAAUGAGCUUCAGCAAGCGAAUAAACACGCUGUAGCGCAGAAAGCGGGUCCGAAUGUCUUCACAAAACCAAAUGUUGCCUACGACGCAGUUCUUGCAGAACCCAGCGUCAAGAAUCGACAAAGGCAGAGUAGCCCGUCUGCUCCGGUAGGUGGAAACAGACCGAAUUCAAAUACAUUCAGCCCUACCACGCGCACGUCCGUUGCGUCGUCUCCAAGUGCUAGACGAUCAUCGAUUCUAAAUCGGCUCCACAACGGGGAGCGAACAUCCAUACCUGGUGGAGCACCAUAGUUUUACGAUUUAAGGUCGUAUGCUUGAUCGAAUAAGAACACAAGGCUCAUGUUGUUGAGAUCACGACGUCAGUGAAUGACUAUCACGUAAUGGGUCUAAUACGUCAUAAAAACUAACAUGAUACAUAGAGUUAAUACGAGAAGAGCUUGAGCUACCGCUAAGGGAACUGUAUAAUUCGACGUAGAGGAACUUUUUUUAAUUGGGAGGAGGGACAUAAUUCUAAUGAUGUACUUACAACUUGUACUUUUGGACUUGUAGUAGCAUAAUCAAAUAUCGAUAGGGAAAACGAAGCCAGUAAAUGUAAAUCAAUGUAUAUUACUGACUCACUUGGAUAGAAGAUUGAUAAGAUGUUUUUUAUUGCCUUAGUUCCGGGCUUAUCAAAGUAUACGAAGUAAGUGCACGUCGAGUACUUGUCUAUGGUACGACCGGUUUCUACUCUUACCGUUUGGAAAAUUGCCACUGCUCGUCGGUAACGAGACGUUCUGAAUUCAAAUGAGUUCUUCCAGAUAUUAGAAAGAUGUACGGAAAUUUGCACCUUGCCCUUUCUGAAGCUGUUGCUAUGGGAAGGCUGGGGAGCGACACUAAUUUGACACUAGAGUCCGAUCCUCAUGAUAUUUAAUAACCUUUACUUCGGCGGAGGGUUCCACCAUGAUCAUUAUCAUUUUCGUUUACCAGCAUACCAUUAUCAUGAGAAAAAAACAACUGCUGAACACAAUCUGUCAUAAGCAAGCACCAAGGACAACGAGUCAAAACGGAUCCAACAUAUCUUACCAGAAUGUCAACAUAUUAAUCAUAAUCUAGAAAUCGUUAAGCAAAUAUAUAAAUGUAAUCCACCGAUUCCAAAUAAGUACAUCGAUAUCGAAACAAAAAGGUUCAGAAAAGGCAGAAGAGGCACCAGGAUACAAGACUGACCUCUACGUUCCACACAUCAGCACAUGCACGUCGAAUCCGGAAAUCCAUAAACCGCCGUGCGACGGGUAAACGUGAUCGUUAUUGUGGUCUGAG